GACUAUCAUAUAAAGUGGUCGAGUUUUUGAUCUCUAAAUAAAAACGAAAAGCCUCGAACCUUCCAAAUCUAAAAAAGCGAUCCGAAGUCUUAAUUUUCUCUAUAUUUCAAUCUGAUUUGAAGAGAUUCACACACACGCAUAACUUUAUUCGCCGGGUUAAUUGGAUUCGCCAGUUUAAGGUUUUGAAUAUGGCCAGUGGGUUUGGGGACUCAACCAGCAUACCGCCCCAAAGCCCUUUUUGCUCAGGAAAUGGUAGCAAUGAUGCUGGUAGCUUUGAAUGUAACAUCUGUUUUGAACUAGCUCAAGACCCGAUUGUGACUCUUUGUGGCCACCUCUUCUGUUGGCCAUGUCUUUACAAAUGGCUUCAUAUUCACUCUCAUUCGCAAGAGUGUCCUGUUUGUAAGGCUCUUAUACAAGAGGAGAAACUCGUUCCUCUAUAUGGUAGGGGGAAAACACCGACAGACCCAAGAUCCAAGUCUAUUCCUGGCGUUAAUAUUCCUAAUCGUCCAUCGGGUCAGAGACCCGAGACAGCCCCACCUCCAGAUCCAAACCAUUUUCAUCAGCAUGGGUUUGGUGGCUUCGCUGGUGGCUUUGCGCCAAUGGCAACAGCUAGGUUUGGGAAUUUUACGCUUUCUGCAGCUUUUGGUGGUUUAAUUCCUUCAUUAUUUAAUCUUCAAGUGCAUGGAUUUCCUGAUACUACUAUGUACGGGUCAACUGCUGGUUUUCCAUAUGGAUAUACUAAUUCGUUUCAUGGGGGGCAUGCACAUGGUUUUCCGCAGCCUACUACUCAAGGACAACAAGCAGAUUCGUAUCUGAAAAUGCUUCUUUUGAUGGUUGGUGUCUUUGUGAUACUUGCUCUGGUUUAUUCCUAAAUGUAGAAGCUGAAUUUAUCUAUGAUGGUAAUUCUCAUCUGUUUUAAGUCAUUAGGUCUAUUUAUUGUUCUUCUUAAUGAGCGAGGAAAUUGUUUAUAUAAUACUUCACAAUGUUUAAUUUUCCCAGCAGUUCAUGUAAACUGAAGUGUCACUCCCUAUUUCUGAAAAUGGUUGGCAACACCUUUUCCUCUGUUGUAUAUAUUAGUUCCAGUGUUGGACAUCUGAAUGAACUAGUCAUAAAAUACGCUUAAAUUGUCUCUGCCGGAAUGCAACUUGUACCCAAAUGGAUUCACGUGUUGAUACAUUUUAAUUUGUCAAGUAUGAACCUUACUUC